CACACCCGGAAGAAUGACAUGCUCAUUGCUAACAUUUCAGAUUUUGCGAAUAGCUUAACUGUUCCGGAUUAAAAUCGAUAAAAGCGCGGUGUCAUUCAAGUGGACUGCUGUGUUUCGGCCCGAGCUGACAAAACCGCAACAAACAACUUAAUUCAGAGGCGUAACUCCGUUCAACUCGAUUUUUUGAUGUAAAGAAGAAACUCGUUCUGGCUGCACGACCAUGGCAUCCUACUUUGAUGAACAUGACUGUGAACCCACAAAUCCAGAGGAACAAUACAGACAGAAUGCUCUGCUGGAACUGGCCAGGUCACUAAUGCAGGGCUUGGACCUGAUGGACUCGGGGGCCUUCGACUUGUCGGACUGGGACCAGCGUCUUCCUCCUCCAGCUGCUAAAACUGCAGUUCAGACCCUCACAGUGGUCAUCAUUUCCCCCGAACAAGCAGACAAAGGUCUGAAGUGUCCGGUGUGUCUGCUGGAAUUUGAGGAGCAAGAGACGGUUCGAGAAAUGCCCUGCAAACACCUCUUCCACUCAGGAUGCAUACUGCCCUGGCUGGGGAAGACAAACUCCUGUCCGCUCUGUCGACUUGAACUGCCGACUGACAACCCGGAGUACGAGGAGUUCAAAAAGGACAAGGAGAGGAGAAAACAGAGGGAGCACCGGCUGGAGGGUUUACACGAAGCCAUGUACACAUGACACACAGCGCCGGUGCAGGCGUCUGACACACUGAAGCCUUAGAGGAGAAAUGAGACGUUUGAGCAGGAAGCUGCAUUCCCACCAUUUCAGACUGGAGCUACUGCAUAAACACCUUCAGCCUUCAUGUCAGCUCAUCUCCUGUGUGAAAGAGAGAGAGAAUAUUUUCAAAUAAUGUGUGACGUUGUAGUAGCGGUGUGAAAUGGUGUGAAUGCAGCUGAAGCAUCCUGGUCGCUGAACAUUUAACGCACCAAAUAGGAAAAAAAAAAAUAUUCUAAAACCAAUGUCUGCAGCUGCACUACUUUCAGAACUCCAGUCUCUUCAUUCCUUUUCUUUUUUAUAUAUAAAAAAACUAUGCGCUUUGAAUGCACAAUGAUUUGUUCAGCUGUGUUUAUCCAUUCCCCUGCUAUAUAAAUAUUGAUUUUAAACUGG